AGAGGCUGCGCGGCCCAGGGGGAGGGCCCGGGGAGUGGACGUCGCCCCUGCCCGCCUCCCGCCGCCCCCCGCCCGCAGGCUUUCGAGCCUCAGUCGGCGCUGAGCAUCCCGCUGCCCCGGACCCUCCCGCGGGCGCGCACCGGGCUCAACUCAGGCUCAGGAUUGCAGGUGGGCAUUUCCACUGCCCAGGAAUCACUGUGUGUGGACAGGACAGCCUCCUUGGAAAGUCGGCCAUACCGGAGUUGCGCCUCGGCAUGGGCCUUGCCGUUGAGGUAGCUCCGCUCUCUGCUCUGGCCUGAGGGUGCUGCCUGUCAUGGGGGCAGCCAUCUCCCAGGGGGCCCUCAUUGCCAUCGUCUGCAACGGCCUUGUUGGCUUCUUGCUGCUGCUGCUUUGGGUCAUUCUCUGCUGGGCCUGCCACUCCCGUUCCACUGACGUCGAUUCUCUCUCGGAAUCCAGUCCCAACUCCAGCCCUGGCCCCUGUCCUGAGAAGGCACCACCCCCCCAGAAGCCUAGCCAUGAAGGCAGCUACCUGCUGCAGCCCUGAAGGCGCCUGGCCUACCCUGGAGUCCUGGACCUGAGUAUACCAGAGUCAGAGUGUGGCAGCUGAUCCCAGAGUUCAGCCAGUCUGGGGUCCAGAAUCUGGAGUCCAGUCUAUUUGAAGCUGGACCCAGCAGCCUAGAUUGUAACCAGCCUGACUCAAGAGAGGCCUGAGUAGCCCUAGAGAGACAGGCCUGGAGUGGGGGUCAGGAGUCGGUGCUAGGGCCAGGGCCCUCUGGACUCUGCUCCAUCCCAAGGGCCAAGGGCCGCUCACAUCCCUAAGCUCGGUGCCUCUGGGCUCUCUAGGUUGGGGAAGCAAACUGGAACCCACGGCAAUAAUGGGAGGGUGUCCGGGCUGGGCCCCUUCUCUGGUCCUCCCACUGUUUGUUGGAUAAUAAAUGGAACUAUGGCUUA